AUUACAAUUGUAUUACUUAGAUUAAUUCAGGUAUUAACAAGCCAAGAAUGUGAUCCCCACAGAGGUAUAAGACAGUCACCGAUAAAUAUUAAAACAAAUGACGCUAUUCCCUUGGUUCUUCCUCCUUUGCAAUGGAGCACCGGGUAUGGGACGAUGCCUGAAAGUAUGAUGUUGGCUAGUGAUGGACAUUCGUUAAAAUUAACUGUGGAAUCAAGUAUGCCUCUUAAUUUAAAAGCCCCUUUAACAUCUGUUCCUUACGAGUUCAACCAUAUACAUUUCCACUGGGGGGACGGAGAAGACAACAAUAAAGGAAGCGAACACUACGUCAAUGGGCACUUCUACCCUUUGGAGAUGCACGCAGUUCAUACGCAAUCUGUAUCAAACACAACUGAUAAAUUUCUCGUCGUUGCUUAUUUAUUCCAGCUGUCACGUCAGAAGAAUCCUGUAAUGGAAAAAAUCGUUGAUGCCAUUUUGGAUGCCACAAUAAACGGAAACGGCACAGUUGAAAACUUUAAAUUGAUUAACCUACUGUACAAUAUUCCGUUUUCUUAUUUCACAUACGAAGGGUCGCUUACGACUCCUCCUUACACGGAAUCUGUAGUAUUUUUGGUGGCCGCGACACACUUUCCAAUCACCAAACAUCAACUGGAAGCCUUUCAACAAGCGGCUUCGAUUAAUCCAGGGUUGAGAAAUAAUUACAGAUGCCUUCAAGAUACUAACCAUAGGAAAGUCAUGCAUGUGUUGUUGCCGUCGUAUCUUUAAUCUGUA